UCCAAGUCUCUUCACCGAGCAAAAACCUGAAAUAGAUGAAAGAGCCUCUUUUCAAAGUGCGAUGAAACCUAAAUGGAAAGAAGUACAUGCAAGAUGAUAAACGAUCACAGAUUCCACAGAUGUACUUUCUGGAGGUAACGAACAUGUGACUCUUUGGCAAACUCUGCAGAUUAGCUCCAUCUUGAAUGCGCAAUGAGAGGAUCAAUGAGGCUCACUGCGCACGAUAAUCUUGAUCAACCGCCGAUCAAAGCGCGUGCAAAUGGACAGCAUUUCCCCGCGUGCAAUUUCGACCGUUGCGCAUUUUCGCGCUCUUUUCUCUGUGGAGGCGGAAGGAGUGUAACGGUUCUGGAGCUGUCAUAGAGCUGUACACCUGUUGUACAUUAGUUAGCUGGAUUCAGACACGAGGCAGUGCAACAUACAAAACCAACAGGUGAGUUGUCUUGCAUGAAGGCAUAGCAGCAAUGUCACAGCUCUACUUUCGCAGAACAGACCACUUCUCAUACAGGGACAGAAUUCCGCUGCGCAUAGUUCGAGCCGAGUCUGAGCUGUCACCACUGGAGAAGGCCUACCUGUGCGCUGUGGAGAAGGGCGACUAUGCCAGCGUCAAGCAGUCUCUGAUAGAAGCUGAGAUCUACUUCAAAAUCAACAUCAACUGCAUCGACCCUUUAGGACGGACAGCUCUGCUUAUUGCCAUUGAGAAUGAGAACCUGGAAAUCAUCGAGCUGCUGCUCAGUUUUAACGUGUAUGUGGGGGAUGCUCUCUUACACGCCAUCAGAAAGGAGGUGGUGGGAGCCGUGGAGCUGCUUUUAAACCAUAAAAAGCCCAGCAGGGGCAUGCAGGUUCCUCCAAUUCUCUUGGACAAACAGUUCUCGGAUUUCACCCCUGACAUAACACCCAUCAUAUUAGCCGCACACACCAACAACUAUGAGAUCAUCAAGAUGCUGGUGCAGAAAGGUGUAUCCAUGCCCCAACCCCACCAGGUGCGUUGCAACUGCAUGGAAUGCGUGUCCAGCUCAGAUGUUGACAGUCUGCGACAUUCCCGAUCCCGUCUCAACAUCUACCGGGCCCUGGCCAGUCCCUCACUCAUCGCACUCUCCAGCGAGGACCCCUUUCUGACGGCCUUCCAGCUCAGCUGGGAGCUUCAGGAGCUAAGCAAAGUGGAGAAUGAAUUUAAGUCAGAGUAUGAGGAGCUUUCUCAACUGUGUAAGCAGUUCGCCAAAGAUCUGCUCGACCAAACGCGCAGCUCCAGAGAGCUUGAGUUGAUUCUGAACUACAGGGAUGAUUUGAAUCUACUUGAGGAUGAAGGGAAUAAUGAUCUUGCAAGGCUGAAACUGGCUAUCAAGUUCCAUCAGAAAGAGUUUGUAGCACAGCCAAACUGUCAGCAGUUGCUCGCCUCUCGCUGGUAUGACGAGUUCCCAGGCUGGAGACGUCGCCACUGGGCCAGCAAGUUCACCACCUGUAUGUUCAUUGGGGUCCUCUUCCCUCUCUUCUCCCUGUUCUACCUUAUCGCACCCAAGAGCCACUAUGGCCUCUUCAUCCGAAAACCAUUCAUCAAGUUUAUAUGCCACACUGCAUCAUACCUGACCUUCCUUUUGCUCCUGCUGUUGGCCUCCCAACACGUGGUCCCAGUUAAUGCUAUGCAGCAGGGCCCAGCGCCCACCACUGUGGAAUGGAUAAUCCUACCUUGGGUUUUAGGCUUUGUAUGGGCUGAGAUCAAACAGAUGUGGGAUGGUGGAUUUCAGGAUUACAUUCAUGACUGGUGGAAUCUUAUGGACUUUGUCAUGAAUUCUCUGUAUCUGGCCACUAUCUCGUUGAAGAUUGUAGCCCACAUUAAGUAUGAAGACUGCAAAGAUCGGAAGGACUGGGAGAAAUUGCACCCCACCCUGGUUGGCGAGGCCUUGUUUGCCAUUGCUAACAUCUUUAGCUCCCUACGACUAAUUUCACUCUUCACAGCCAAUUCCCACCUUGGCCCCCUACAGAUCUCUCUUGGCCGAAUGCUGCUGGACAUCCUCAAAUUCCUCUUCAUUUACUGCCUGGUGCUGCUCGCCUUUGCAAAUGGACUCAAUCAGCUGUAUUUCUAUUAUGAAUCUGAUGGCAAAUCUGAUGCCCAAAAUGUCACAUGCAAGGGCAUUCGCUGCACAGAGCAGAACAAUGCCUUCACCACUAUGUUUGAGACACUACAGUCAUUGUUCUGGUCCAUAUUUGGUCUCAUUUCCCUGUAUGUGACAAAUGUCGGCCCCGAUCAUCAGUUCACCGAGUUUGUUGGAGCCACAAUGUUUGGUACCUACAACAUAAUCUCUCUUGUGGUUCUUCUCAACAUGCUUAUUGCUAUGAUGAACAACUCCUACCAACAUAUUGCGGAUCAUGCUGACAUUGAGUGGAAGUUUGCCAGAACUAAACUUUGGAUGAGCUACUUUGAGGAGGGCGGCACGCUGCCUCCUCCUUUCAACAUCAUUCCAAGCCCAAAAUCGGUGUGGUACCUCAUUGGAUGGAUCAAGAGCCACUGCUUAAAUGUUCAAAUCAGAAAAAGAACAGAAACAUUUGGAUCACUUGGGAUGCGAGCAGCUGAAAACGUUCGCUCAAAUCGUCAGUAUCAGGAGGUGCUCAGAAACUUGGUUAAGCGGUAUGUAGCUGCAAUGAUCAGGGACGCCAAGAAAGAGGAGGGGCUAACAGAGGAUAACUUUAAGGAACUCAAGCAGGACAUCUCAAGCUUCCGUUACGAGGUCAUGGGAAUGGUGAAAGGUACCAAACUUGGCAUGCCAAACUCAAAAGUGAGUACAGGAGCUUCGAACCUGGCAUAUCCUGACAAUUCACUAAAGUGCAAUCCUGUUCCUGCUGGAAGUCAACUAAAGGGCAAAAAGAGACUGCAGAGUUUCACCACCUCUAUCAUCCAGGAGGGCGGCACCAAAGCCAAUCUCUGGAAGGCAGGCCUAACUGAUGGUUCUGUCCCAUACAGGACUGUUAGCUCUGGACUGAGCCAUCAAAUGAACUGCAAAGGGACCAACAACCCAGGCGAGAUUUACUCAGUGUCCGAAGAAGCAGGUGAGUCCGAAACAGAAGAACAGAAUGAUGGUGAACAUGGAGGAAACCCAAAUUGUAGGGCAGUUAAGAACAAAAAUAAUGAAACUGAUGAGAGAAGGGAUAAAGUCACUAAGACUAUGGAAAAGGACAAUGAUGAACUCUUACACAUGCGUUAUAUAUUUGAUGAAGUAAUUGAUGAAGCAAACAAUGGACAGGAAGGAUGCAGAUUAUAGUAUAUAAACGCUGGAUGAUGCAAAACAUUGUAAUUCUGAAUAGAAGUGAUGGCAUUAAGCAGGAACAUAUUCCUUGGAUAACAAAUGCCCCUUGAGAUUGCUGUUCAUGGAUGAAGGAAAUGGAUUUAAUCAAGGCCACCACCUGGUUAACCACAGAAUCCUGAACUCUCACUCCAUCCCAGAAGCAGCUGUGGUGAAUAUCAAGUGCAGGGCCUAUAUUAUCUGAUCAUCAAGUGCAGUACUGGAGUCUCAGGGAUGAUCUCCUUUAGGUGUAAAUGGGGUCCAACGUUGUCAUUUACAGUAAUUUACACUAUACCAAGUGUGUAAACUAUCUAAUUUAUCAUUGCUCUGCUCCUUUCUGCUGAAUCACAUGAGGGCGCAAUUGCUGGCCCCUUGCUAUUCUACCACUUUUAUUCUUGCCUUACUCUGUUAAAGUUAGCAUUUUAUGCCAUCUGUGUUUACCGUAAGAGAUGUCAUUACUGUCAUGCAACCUAAUAUCUUUAAUAAAGGUUACUAUGCAAGUUUUUAAACUUUUAAUCAUGUUUCUCAUAGUGCAUGAGGCAGUUGUAUAAUAAUAGAAUGAACAAGAUGGUCUUUUUUUUUUU